CCUGGCUCUCUCUGACUUCAUAAUCCCCAGGGGCCCCUCGUGUCUAUAAGAGGAAGAGGGCGAGGGCUCUCCAUCCACAGCCCGCAAAAUUCCACCUGCUCACAGGUUGGCUGGCUCGACCCAGGUGGUGCCCCCUGCUCUGAGCCAGCUCCCGGCCAAGCCAGCACCAUGGCCAGAUACCGAUGCUGCCGCAGCAAAAGCAGGAGCAGAUGCCGCCGCCGCAGGCGGAGAUGUCGCAGACGGAGGAGGCGAUGCUGCCGGCGGAGGAGGCGAAGGUGCUGCCGCCGCCGCAGAUACACCCUGAGGUGUAAAAGAUACUAGAUGCACAAAAUAGCAAGUCCAUCAAAACUCCUGCCUGAAAAUUUUACCAGACUUCAAGAGCCUCUCGCCACAUCUUGAAAAAUGCCACCGUCCAAUGAAAAACAGGAGCCUGCUAAGGAACAAUGCCACCUGUCAAUAAAUGUUAAACUCAUCCCA